AUGGGCAGCUCAAGCAGCAGACAGACGCCGCUGCCGGCGGAGUCCGCGGAUACUGCUCCCGCGCCGGAGGUGGCGACGAACACGACCGAUUAUCAUGAGUACAUCCAGUUUCGUGACCAGCUUCUGAGCUUUGCUCUCGGGGAGAGUGCCUUCGACUACACUGAGCGCCUCUUCGCGCAGAAGCCCGACAGCCCGGAAGUCAUGGCGCUACUAGCAGAGACCACCUUUCUGUAUGAUAAGACCAAGAACAAGGUAUCGCGGGGGCACUGGUGCGAUCGUCUGGACCUGCUGCAGCGCGGCGUCGACGUGAGCCGCAAGUGCAUCAACGAGAACAAGGAUUAUGGCCCGUGCUAUCGCACCUACGUCAUGUGCGCCACACGCGAGGCGGAGGCACUCUACUACAUGAAGAGUUUCACGGGACUGGGGCUUGUGGAAAACUACCAGGCGAUCAUGCGGAAGGGCGUCAGGGGGAUGGAGCUGCUGCCAACGGACGCGGAGAUUCCCAACACCCUCGGCGCUCUGUGUGCGCGCUGCUGCUUCCGUUGGUACGACCCAUCGCGUGCGUACGCGUGGUUCUACGGGUUGCCAACGACGCGCAGGCUGCGUGAGCUCAGCGUGGAUUUCCACAAGAAAGCGUGUGAGAACGACCCCAAGAACCUCGAGUACGCCUGCCGUUUGGCGCAGGCCUAUUUCCAGUUAGGCGAUCUGGCGAAUGCGCGGCGAUGGUAUGUGAAGGUGCGCGAUGAGAUGCCGCCGCAGGAGCUGAAGGAUGAGAAGUGGCAGGGCGUGGCACACACGCAGUUGUCGACGGCCUUUGUGAAGCCCAAGUGGAAUGUGCCAUUUGCUUAA